AUGACUACCUCAAAGCUGUCCCAAGUCCGUGUUGCCGUGACCCAGGCCGAGCCCGUCUGGCUUGAUCUCAAAGCAACCGUCGACAAGACAUGCAAAAUUAUCGCCGAGGCUGCCUCCAACGGCGCACAGCUGGUGACCUUCCCCGAAUGCUGGAUUCCAGGCUAUCCGGCUUGGAUCUGGACACGCUGCGUCGAUCAGGAACUACACUCACGCUAUAUUCAAAACUCAUUGAAGAUCUCAUCUCCCGAAAUGACUCAAAUAUGCCAAUCCGCGAAAGAAAACAACAUCGUCGUCGUCCUCGGUUUCUCCGAGAACAUCCACGACAGUCUAUACAUCUCCCAAGCGAUAAUCUCGGAUACGGGAUCCAUCCUCACCACCCGCAAGAAGAUCAAAGCCACACAUAUGGAGCGAACCGUCUUCGGUGACGCCUUCGCAGAAUCUCUCGAUAGCGUCGUUGAUACCUCCGUUGGACGAGUGGGCGCAUUGUCAUGCUGGGAGCAUAUCCAGCCCUUGCUGAAGUAUCACACCUACGCACAACGAGAAGCGAUCCAUGUAGCGGCUUGGCCGCCAUUGUUUGAGUUUGGCGGGCCAGAUGAUCAGAGUCUGUUCUCUAUGUCGAGAGAAGGAACCACUGCGCUGGCACGUACCUACGCUAUCGAGUCGUCGUCAUUUGUACUCCACACAACAGCGGUCCUUAGCCAAGAUGGAAUCGACAAGAUGCGUACUGAGACAGGCGCGAUUAUGAACUCGCCUGGAGGUGGAAACUCGGCUAUCUUUGGUCCUGACGGCCGGCUUCUUUCGAAGCAUCUUCCGCCGACGGAGGAGGGCAUUGUUUAUGCCGAUCUAUACAUGCAUGAUAUUCACAAGACGAAGGCCUUUGUAGAUGUGGUGGGCCACUACAGUCGGCCGGAUCUGCUGUGGUUGGGUGUGGGAUCUCGGGAUCGGAGGCAUGUGAGAGACGACAAGGGAGAGUAG